UCGAACAUCAUUCGUGUGUGCUACGACAACAGACGACAGCGACCGCGAUAGCCAGCCAGCCAGUCAGGCAACCAACCAAGAUAGCCAUAGCCACAGUCAGAUUCAGCGGUUCAGAGUCAGAGUCGGCGGACAGUCGGUGAUUUUGAUUGAUUAUUAAAGCCCCAAACACAAAAUUGAAAAUCGAACGCGUUGUGUGUAUCAGUAACAGCAUCAGCAAACAUACACGGACACAUAUACGACACACAGACACGUACACAUACACAUACACAUACGUUAUCUGUAUCUGUAUCUAACAGCAAGCGGCAGACAGCAAACAGGGUCCCAGCAUCCCAGUCACAAUCACAGUCCCAGUCCCAGUCCAGUCCUCAUCAGUCAGUUAGUCAGCUCAGCUCAGUCGCAGCAGCUCUACUCAGCUCACUCCUCUAACGCCUCCACGCUUGCUGGCCCUCGAGGAUAUCUUUGCGCGGUGCUUUAGUUUUUAGUUUCAGUUCACAUUUGGACGCGUGCUGUGGCGGCCUCGUCGAGAGAGCAAACGGAAAUCGUGCGCGAAUAUAUUUUAACAUAUAUACUACAACGUAUAAAUCAGCGAUGUGAUGUGUCUUUAAACAAAUAUUUAAACAUAAAAAUAAACAUACACACGCACACACAUAUACAUCAACAAUAUCAACUAAACACACGUGUCUGAAGUUCAGUGACAACACCUUAUCAACCCAACACUAACAAAAACUUGCUAAAUUGUUUUGUGUUUAUGAAAUCUGAUCAAUGCAAUUGAAACAUAUUUUUAUGCACAGGAAUAUUCAGUGACAAUUUGCGCAGCCAAUAAACUAACAGACUCAAGAUUGAAACUAGUGUGCGACAGAUCAAAGCGAAAGCGAACGUGUAAAAUAAACAAAAGAAAAACCAACGCCAGACUAAAUCAAAAAUAUAUAUUUGGCAACAAAAUGAAGCUGAUUGCAGUAUUGCUAGCAUUGACGCUCUGUGCGCUGACGCUGACAACGGUGCAAUGCCUGAGUCUGCCCGAUCCCAACGUCAAAUGCGCCAUGGAGUGCGAUACGUCGCCCACCCAAGUGAUUUGUGCAGCGGAUGACAAGGGCACCACCAGAACAUAUCGAAACGUUUGCAUUAUGAAAACGGAGAAUUGUUUGCAGCACUUAAACUUUCAGAAAAUCGCCGAAAAGGAGUGUCCAUAGAUGCUAACGUUCUACCCCCGAAACAUAUCAAGACCCAAAUCGUCUAUGACGCGUGCGCUGAAUCUGAAAUAUGAGCAACAGUUUAAGUUAUUGGAUUGGAUUCGAUUCAUUUAUUGCGUGGUAUUUGUGUGUGAUAUUUUUAAGUUGUGCUGCAGCAAAAUACAAAACACGCCCUCUCACUCUAGCCCCCCCUUUUUAAAGUCUUUCCCCCCUGCACCAACCAUAACCAGAACCACAACUACAGCCCCUUACCCACCAUAAACUUAAUACAUAAUGAUAA